UUCGAAUCCCACAGUGACCAGAUCUUUUUGUCCAUUCUGAAUCUCCUCCGGGUGUCAAGUUUUCCUCAGAAUCCCCCGAUCAAAAUCCCAAGAAGAAUGUCCGAGGACCACAACUGAACAACCAAUCUGAAGUUUUGAGUUUGGUUUUUGGAUGAAGGAUGAAGACUUCAAGAAUCAUCCACAGUGUUGCUCGAGCACCACAUCACCAGCGACCAUCGACUAUCUGCUUCAGGACAUCAACAUCCUCAUCGUCAGCUCUCCCAUGUCUCACCCGAUCUCAGUCCACCGCAACAGCCACAAAGGAACUAUCAGAGCCAUCGACAAUACCAUCACAGACUACCCGAGCCGAAACGUCACUGAGGAGGUUUUGGAAGACGGUUGAUGUUCACAAGCAAGAAGAUGGACAGUACUCAAUUCGCCUCGAUCUACGUAACUUAAAAACGCCGAGUGGGAAGCCGCUAGUGUUACCGAAAACUAAGCUAGUUUUGGCCACCUUGAUUGCAAGAGAGUGGGACGAGCAACGCAAGAUUUUGAAGCAACAUUCCCUCCCUAUGACUUCUCUGGCUUCACGGGCUAUCGACGGCUUGAGCGAAGCCGAAAGGGAUGCAGUGGUUGAUGAUCUGAUGAGAUAUCUGGACACGGACACGAUAUGUUUCCAGGAAUCGAAACCACGAGUGCUAGCAGAGAUGCAAAAGACCCACUGGGCUCCGCUGCUUGUAUGGCUGCAAGAGGCCUACGGGAUCCACCUAAGAGUGCACGAGGAUUCGAUCGUUUAUAGCAAACAGAGUCCCGAGACACACUCGAAAUUAAGAGCCCUUGUCGCCCAAUUUGACCCUCUCAAACUGGCCGCAUUUGAACGGGCCGUACACGCUACUAAAUCGUUCGUCAUCGCAUUGGCUCUCGUCCAAAAUCAUCUCACUGUCGAUCAAGCUAGCGACGCCAGUCGGGUCGAGGUGCUCAGUCAAAUCGCUCGGUGGGGCGAAGUUGAAGAUACUCAUGACGUCGAUUAUCAAGAGAUCAGGAUGAAGUUGGGAAGCGUCAGUUGUGCGAUAAUCGAUACACCCUAAAAACGCAUGGAGUAUCAAGCAAUCUUGAGCAAUAAAAGCUCAAACCUUUGUCAUAGAAACAUCGUCCAACUCGAAAUUUAUCGACCCUGCAAGAAAAAAAAAAGCUUUU